UUGCAAAGAUAUGAGAAUUAGGUCAUGGGGAAAUAUGUCAAGUGUGAUGACACUAUUACUAUUUUUACAUUUUUUGCAAGGAAUUUAUGGGAUUAGAUUUGUAAUUGACAAAGAAGAAUGUUUGUCUCACAAUGUUCAUCUUGAAGGUGAUACUAUUCAUGUAUCUUUUGUUGUCGUUCAAGCUGAUACUCCUUGGCAUUCUGCUAAUGAGGGUGGUGUUGAUCUUAUGAUAAAAGGGCCAUCAGGUGAGCUAAUUCAUGGCUUCCGCGACAAGACUAGUGAGAAAUACGAGUUUGUUGCUUACAAGAAGGGUAUUUACCAGUUCUGUUUCAUGAAUAAGUCUCCGUAUCAUGAAACCUUAGAUUUUGAUGUGCAAGUUGUACAUUACACAUACUAUGAUCAGCACGCGAAGAAUGAGCACUUUGAUCCAUUGCUGGACCAGCUAUCAAAGUUAGAAGCAGCUCUUUACAACAUACAGUUUGAACAGCAUUGGCUAGAAGCACAGACUGCUCGUCAGGCAUUACUGAAUGAAGGUAUGAGCCAAAGAGCAAUCACAAAGGCACUUCUUGAAUCCGUAACUCUUGUUGGUGUCUGCUUCCUUCAGGUCUUCCUCUUACAACGCCUUUUCGAAAACAAGCUUCAGACGGUUAGAGUCUAGACUGCCCU